AUGGUCCUCGGUUGGGAUGGGAUGGAUACUGGAGAGAGAUGCUGUCAACAACCAGGCACUACGGGUUCUGCAUGGUGGAAAUUCAGGGACCAGCUUUGGGAUUCGAGGGGGAUCUUGAGUGACAUGAGGCAAUUCGACGAAAAAAUGUGCUGGGCACAAAAUGGAAAUGCUAUAAGAUUGACGAAUAAUAUGUGGAGUAGUUGGGCUUGGACAGAGAAUUCUAGGAUGUUGGCAGAAUGGGAACAAUACCUUUAUGUUUGGUUUCAAGUUGGUGGCUGCUAG